CCCAUUAUGGCAGCACAUGUUACAAGGGCAGAAUUUCUUUAGCAACUUCCCACAAUGCUCCUGACCCUGAAGAACACUGGCCAGUUACUGGUCGCUGCUUGCUCUAAGGUGGCUCGAUCCUUGGCAAAGUACCACCCCAGGGUAAAUCAUCACAGACACUGUGUUUGGUGCAGUAAAAGGGGUCUGACAACAGGAGGCACUGCCCAGAAGCAGGACAUUCUUUUUCAUUUGUGCCAGCAGAGACAUUUCCUAUCUGGUGAAACAUUGACCUGCACAUCACUUGUGCAAGGGUGCCACAAUUUGGGGCCUCUGGGAGUGGAACUGAAGCGCAACUUGGUUGCUCAGUGGUGGAACUCUGUGGUUGUAUACAGGGAGCAGGUUUUAGGUAUUGAUACUCUGCAUCACCUGUCAACACCAUCCAGUGCCCCAGAGAAACCACUGCUGGCCAUAUGUACUCAGCAUUUAAAGGAACUCCCCAGAGACCAACUUGUCAAGUGGCUGGAAGAUCCUGCAGGGAAGCUUGAGUUUCUGCGCCAUGAGCUACUUUAUGGAGCUCUGCUGGAAUAUGUCCCCUCUAUGGAAUUGCUGAAUAAAAAGAUGCCAUUUGGCCUCGCAGAGAUUGGGAAAUGCUUUCACUCUAUUCCAGAAGAGAGAAAUAAGGGCACAAUUCUCCCCAGAAUAGGAGAGAGGACAGUGGCUUCCCUUGUCUGGUUCAGUUCCCCAAAAUCCUCAGGGCAGUGGCAGGAUUACUGGCUCAGACAGCGACUCCAGUGGUGGCAGAAGUUUGCUCAGAGCCCAUCAGGUUUCAGCUGUAAUGACAUUCAGGAUGGGCAGGGAAGAAAGAGCUCCUUGAUUCAGUAUGAGUUCCCCUGGGGAAGGGAGACCAUUGAGACCCUCUGCAAUAUGGAUGACUCUGCCCUCUUCCAGAUGCAUCCUGGGUGCACAACCAAACUUCAGGCCAGAGAUGGGCGGAAGUCAGUCGUGCCACAUGUAGUCUGGGUGAGUGGAGACCUAGACAGAGGGAUUCUUGCCUACCUCUCAGAUGCCCUGCAGCAGACGGAGGCCCCCGCUGUGCGUGGCCAGUACCAUCAAAGAGAGGUCCUGAAGCUGCACCCCACCUUGGCGCCUAUUAAAGUAGCUGUGGAUAUGGGGAAAGGUCCCACCGGUGAAUUAAGGCUGGUAUGCCAAGGACUAUCCAGUGAGCUGCGGGAACAAGGAGUGUAUGUGUGGCCCGGCUACCAGGAAACCCUGCAUGGCUCCUUGGAACAGCUCUAUACAAAGUAUGACAAGAUGGGUGUCCUAUUCACAGUACUGGUGAGUGAGUCCACGCUGGAGAAUGGUUUGCUACAGGUGCGCAGCAGAGAUACCACCCUAAAGGAGACGAUUCAUGUAUCCAAGGUGAAGGAUUUCCUGGUGAGGUACAUUGCAGCUGCAGGAAACCUGUAAUGGGCACAAUAAAGAAGAAUUUCUUUUUUUGUAA